AGCAUGCCUGCGCCACGGAAAGGCUUCAGUCUUAAUGCCGUGUCCUCUGCGUGCGCACUGCCUCCCGCUUCCACGCUCUCCCUCUCUACUGUUGAGUGCAUAAGAGCGGUUUCCUCUGCAGACCACUUUGCAAAGCUCCGUGCAACAAGUUUGCAGGAGCAGCAGCGGCACGCCGUCACGCAGGUUGACUUCCCUCGGCUGGAGCUUGAGCGGCGCUCCACUCAUCCAUCUGUCGCUGUCACCACAAAGUCACCGUACGUGAACGCAGCGUUGCAGGCGCACACACGCACGCUCACUCACUCACUCACUCACACGGAGCAGAGUGCCAUAAAUUCGUGACUCCGCGCCAGAUGCGGUUUGCUCUCAGCAGCGCGUGGAGUUGUUAGUUAAAUGGAGAACGCGGUGGCGAGAGGAGCAUCUAAGUGCGUGGAAAAAAUGGAGAAAGAAGUGUCGCCCCGGCAGAAGCGACACUACUGCCGCACGACUGCGCUGAACGUCUUCUCCUCGUUUUGCUCCGUGGCGUCCGUCGCCUUCUGCAUUUUCCUGAGCAUUAGCGGAGCUGACAUCAAGAACCGAGUUGUGGAUUUGGAGAGUGCCAAAGGCGAGCACACCUUCACCCGUACCCCCGGCUACUCCGUGGAGGAUUUCAAUUCACUGAUAGAGGAAAGAGUGGACGAGCUGCUCUCUCAGCGCUCCUAUGAGAAUUUCGUCAAGAUUCGGACCGCCAGACAAACAUCACCUGAAUGCAACUGCCCUCCAGGACCUCCGGGAAAGCGGGGAAGAAGAGGCCGUAAUGGAGACCCUGGACCUCCUGGCCCUCCUGGUCCAAAGGGUGAAAAGGGGGAUCAAGGCGACCAGGGACCACGGAUGGUCUUCCCUAAGAUCAAUCAUGGCUUUCUUUCCGCUGACCAGCAGCUCAUAAAGCGACGGCUCAUUAAGGGAGAUCAGGGGCAAGCAGGGCCACCUGGGCCCCCGGGGCCACCGGGCCCUCCCGGACCGAGGGGGCCUCCAGGGGACACUGGCAAGGAUGGGCCCAGAGGUGUGCCGGGUCUCCCGGGCGAUCCAGGACAGCCUGGGGAAACGGGACCCCUGGGACCUGAGGGGCCGCAAGGGCCGAAGGGUUCACUCGGGCCUCCUGGCAUCCCCGGUGUUGAUGGACUGAAGGGGGAUGUUGGCAUCCCAGGACUGGACGGUGUUCCAGGAGCCAAGGGUGAAAUGGGAGAACGAGGUGAAAAGGGUGAUAUGGGUGAGGAGGGACCGAAAGGUGAACCAGGAGAGAAGGGGGAUGCAGGCUCCUCUGCAGCAGGCAUCAAGGGUGAACCCGGAGAGCCUGGAAGAAGUGGACUAAAGGGAGAGCCAGGACUUCCAGGGCUGCCUGGACUACCAGGGAUAAAGGGUGAGCCCGGGUUUCUUGGUCCCCAGGGUGAGCCUGGGCUUCCAGGACUCCCAGGAACUAAGGGUGAGAAAGGUGACCACGGACCACCAGGGAAGGGGGAACGAGGAGAGGCGGGACCCGCUGGACCAAAGGGUUCACAAGGAGAGGCUGGUACACCUGGCCCUAAAGGGUCAAAGGGCGAGGCUGGAGAUAAAGGAGACUUGGGGCUCAUUGGACCAAGGGGCCCACCCGGGCAGAAAGGAGAACAAGGUGCCACCGAAAUCAUCGACUACAACGGAAACAUUCAGGAAGCUUUACAGAAGAUUACCACUAUUACAGUUACGGGUCCCCCUGGGCCUCCUGGGCCAACGGGACCACCAGGCAUGAAGGGGGAUCGCGGUCUGCCUGGUCUUCCUGGACUUGAUGGAGAAAGAGGAUACAAAGGCUCUAAAGGAGACAUGGGAAUGCCCGGAGCUUCAGGGGAGAAAGGAGCAACUGGUUUACCUGGCUUACCUGGUGUCAAUGGAAUGAAAGGGGAUAAAGGAGAUCCAGGACUCCCAGGUCCUCAAGGUCCUUCUAUAAUUGGCCCUCCAGGGCCACCAGGGCCCCAUGGAUCCCCAGGACCUAUGGGUCCCCAUGGCUUUCCUGGACCAAAGGGUGAACCUGGUUUGCAUGGGGCAAAGGGUACUCGAGGAGAACCAGGACACAAAGGGGACCGUGGACCUCUGGGUCUCCCUGGAGCCUCCGGCUUGGACGGCAAGCCUGGAAUUAGGGGCAUGGAUGGGCCUCCAGGUCCUGCUGGUCCAGCUGGGCCGAAGGGCGAUAUUGGUGAGAAAGGAGCACCAGGUGAGCCAGGGCCAAGAGGACCCUAUGGACUACCUGGAGCUGCUGGAACACCAGGCUUGGAUGGGUUGCCAGGCUUAAGGGGAGAAAAAGGCGACGUUGGGGAAAGAGGAGAAAAGGGGGAGAAGGGAAAGAAGGGCAAAAAAGGGCCUAAGGGCGAGAAAGGAGAACAGGGUGCCCCAGGAUUAGAUGCACCCUGCCCAUUGGGUUUCCGGGGAUUUAAGGGUGAAAAGGGGGAACCAGGGCAGCCAGGUCUGGACGGGCUGGAUGCCCCAUGCCAAUUGGGCCCUGAUGGUUUACCAAUGCCUGGGUGCUGGCAGAAGUGAUCACUCUAACCUGAAACGCAUGGAGUUUGUAAAUAAUGCUUCUUUUACGGUAUUUAUAGUUUUUUAAUGGGAAAACAAGUCUAAAAGAAAAGACGUCUGUGUGUACAAUGCUACAAAAAGAGAUAACUGUCCUCCCCCCCACCCCACUGUCCGACCCCGCUGCAAGUUUCAUGCUCUUGGCUGCUUCUACUCACAUCGCCGUGUGGGAAAAAAAACCCAAAAAACCACGUGUGUCCGCUCUCUCACAUCCACGCCGUGGUGGAGCUCAGAUCCUCGGCUGGUGGCAGAACUUGUCUCUUUAGUCUUUGCAUGGCUCAGACUGGAGCGUCGCAGCCCGGCCAGAUUCACGGGGGGUGGUGAAAGGAGGCGUGGGAGGAGGAGGAAGUGGAUGAGGUGGGAUCUGGACUGGCUCCCUAACACCAAAACGCUAGGUGUUUCUGUGUUGCUUUGUCUCGACAACCUCACCACACUUUCACGCAGCACCAUUCACUCAAAGACUAAAAGAAAAAAAAAGGACUGUGCCAAGCAGAACAUUGCACCCCUGCCCUCCCCACUCCUGAAAAAGCAUGAGUAGUGUACUGAAACUAUAUUUAUAUGUAUUGUACAUACAUGUCACUGUUUUGUGGUUGCGUCAUGGCUUCUGCAGAAAAAACAACACUAACAAAAAAAGAAAAACCUCUAGAGUUCUGAAUGAGUAAUUUUUUAUUUUUUUUGCUUUCCUUUAAUCUUCCCAAGGGAGUCACGCCAUGGCUGGUAGCCUGAAUGUCCCCCCAGAAAGUAAAGCUGUUGGUUAUUGUUGCUUUAUUGUGGUGAUGCCUGCAGAGGGUACCGUAUCAGCAGGUUUAUCACUGUUGCACUCAUGAGGCUCACUCAUCGUCAGCGCGGUGCCUCCAAACAGGUGUCCGGACAAGAGGGGAGGGUAGGGGAGGGAAGGGUUGGGUAUUGGGGGAGGUAAACUUGGCAAGCUCGCUGCACUGACAGGGAAAUGAAUCAGCCUCACACAGAUUUGAGUUUGGACGGGCGUGCUCGGGAACCGUCUCCCAGCGCGGGAACGGACUCUGCAGGAGAGCCUCCAGGAGUCUCGCGGAUCUUACGUCGAGAUCAGCAGGAGCGUCUCCCUCUCCUGGCGGGCAAACGCGCGGUUUACCGAGAGCGUUGACAGAACGCGAUCACGUUUGUUUCUUUAGUAUUUUUAUCUCUUUUGUUUCUUGGUUUUUCACUCCCCCUCUCUCAUUUUUACACAUUGUUUGUAUUUUGUGUAUAACAGCCUUUGGUGCCUCAAGCUUUUAUUCAUUCCUUUAUCAGAAAUGUACAACUUUGUAUCACAUUUUGAAUAAUUACGAUGAAGUUUGUUUUCUAUUUUCUUUUGUUUUUUGUUUUCCAGAAGGGAAAGCGUUGUAAGCUGUGGGAGGAUUGAAAAGCCGCACUGUUUUUCAUGUAUAUGUUUUUACAGGAUGUUGAAACCGCAUGUAGCUUCGAGCUUCACCUGAGCAUACAUUGAGAUUGCAUUCAUCUUAGUUGUACAGCCACUGAUCGGACUCACGGUUUUAAAGAAGCUCAAUAUUUGUACAAAGCACAUCCGAGCAUCGUCUGCAGAUAUGCUACUUUCUCAUUCUGGACUUGAACGGGAUAUUAUUUGUACAGUGUUGUCAGUUUGCUGCAUGUUCACAGUUUAUUACAUAUGGAUUUCUUAAACAGUAAAAACAGGCAUCAGUUUGAGAAAGUGCAAAGCUUUGUUUGGAGGUCUGUUUUUCCAACAAGGCAUCAGUGAGAUUUAGCCGAACACACACAGUCCCUGGUAUUUCAGAUGAAGGCAGAUUGUGUUGAAUCUAGCCUGCCACACUGCUCUCCUCCACCUCACAUUGUCUUAAAUAGGUAGAAAAAGUAUUACAGUGCAAGAAAAGCUAAAUUUGGCAUUUACCGCAAACUGGUCUCCUUCCAUUAGUUCACCGCGGUCUAACUGGUGGCCAGUUAACAUCACAUUCCUCAUCAGAUGGAGCAAAUCAAAAAGAGUGAAUGGAGCAGUAGGUUUAUUUUUCACCAUGGGUUAUACAUCCUUUCACGUUCCCUAUCUUUAUCUUGCCUUUUGACAUAGUAGGUUCUGUGUAGGGUUUUCUUCAACAUUAGAAUCGUUUGCUGUAAGAGUCGAUGUGAAACAAAGUCAAACAAACCUGUUGCGAUGUAGCAGCAGCCACCAGUGGAUCCGAAAGGAUUUCCACCCACGUGGUUUCUGUGUGACGUACAGCUCAUCUCACCAUUUUAAAAGAAUGGAUGCACAUCAGUGUAGGUUCUUACGGUGCUACCUGAUAAGCAGGUCAACAGCAGUUGAUGCGCUCUAACAGUGGCGAGAACUACACGAGCAGUUUCUUUAUUGUCGUUGGAGUUUUAUGUAUGUAACAAUUUCAAGGGGUUUUUUUGUGCAUAUAUUUGUGUAUUUUUGUCUCAGUAUUUUCAGUGGUACAUUAUUUAUUUUUCUAUGAUUUCUUAAAUGAAGGCAUUUUGGUUCUGAACAGCAUUCCUUUCGGUUCUGACGUGGGUUUCCGCCGUUCAUACGAAGAGUUUCGGGUCACGCUAAGGCAUCGCGAAGCUGCGAAGGAGCUCUGUAGUGGGGCGUCACAGAUCAGUGUGUAGUCACUGUGCAUUUACUUCAACUUAUAGGCCUUACCAUGACAUACAUCCACUUUUAUUAAUUUUGUGUGUCAGAAAAAGCUAGCGAUCCCGGCAAAGUACUGAAGGCCUGAAUGUUGACGGGCACUGCCAAUGCAACAGUACACAGCUGAACAUGACCGCCUUUUUUUCUCUCUCACGCUUUCUCUUUGCAUUGAAUGUAGUUUGAUAUAUGUAUAGUGGAUUAUUAAUGUACUGUGUGUGCUCAUUUGGCAUAAAGUGCAAUUUAUACUUUAGUUAAUGUGUGUAACGUCAAAUGCAGCUGAAUUAUCGCAUUAAAGUGAUUUCUGUAGCUACAUUUGUUCGGUCAUGCUACCCUUUAUACCACUACCUGGGGAAAAUUUUUAAAAAACCUUUAUUCACCAAAAGACAAUGAAACCUAUGUAAACACAGACCCUCAAAUUAGAUCAUAUUUUUUGCUUAAAGUUGCCCCUUCACUUAUAUUUUUAUAGUGUUACUUCCACUGUGUCGUAUUUACUAUGUUUUUAUUCUAUGUUUUGAUUUCCAGCCUUUGUUACAGUAUUUGUUCUCACAAGGUGCUGUAUUCUUAGCAUGUGCAGCUAAUUUUUUUAAAUAGACUUUUUUAUUUGAUUGAUUUUGUUUGAGUUUUGUGUUUAUUUGUUGAAGUUAAAGGUUUUUUUCCUGCUAUCAGCAGAAGUGCCAAACAGUUUAUUCCCAUAUGGGUGUUCACAGACCUGUCGAGAAGCUCCUUAAUGAGUCAGCAUCAAGUUUUAAGAAUCUGUAUUCUUGUGUUGUCGCAGAAAUGCCUCAUGUCAGUCAUCACAACAUGAGUGAGUAGGAGGAGGAGAAUGGCGGAGCAGCCACGGUGCUCCACCUCCUUGAUGUUGUGAAAGGUUUCUCAUGAGGAUGUGGAGAUGCUCCAAUGCACAGCAGCUGAAGUAAUUAUGUUGCCACAUAAAUGCAAACUGUAGCAAAAAUGUUAAGAAAACGUAAUUCUGUGACUUAUUGGAGUUACGAUUAUAAUUUUUGGGGGGGUUUGUGGUAAAUGUUCAGUUUCUGCUCUGCAUUGGUAUUUCUUGUGUUUUUUGCCCACAUGGUUGACAUUUCUUUGAAGAGCCUUGUGUUCACUCGCUAUAUUUCAAGUUGACAUUACAUAUGACUGUACUGUUGGAGCCAAAUAAACACAGUCUUUCAAAUACA